AUGGAUUGCAAGUCUUCAGAUAAGGCUUUCACUCUGAAAUCUCCUAAUGAAGAAUUCACCCAACGCCAGAAAAGUGUUUUUGAUCGAUUAAAUGUUUUGGAUCACAGUAGGAAAUUAGUUACAUCCACUGAUCCAGAUGAUAUCGACGUGGAUAAAACCAACAACAAAAAACAGCAAAGAUCACAAACAAAACAUCUGAGAGGGAAGGAGAGUAUUUUCAAACAACCACAAAAUCCUAUACCCAAAGGUUACUUGAAACGAAUGCCUGAUUUCAAGAAGAAUCCACACAAAUGGAUAAGAUAUUCCCUUGAUGAUGUUAGGGAUGAAGAUAUUUCAGAUAAGGGCAAUACCAGAGCUGCUCUGUCAUUUUUGAAGGAAUUAAAGGACCGGAAAAAAUCAGAAGAAAUGGAGACAGAUGAUGACCUUCCAACUAAAAUUGUAUUCAAGAGGCAUACGCCAGUUCCAAAAGUUAGUAGUACAGAUGAAACAGACAAGUUGAAAGCUAGUUUUAGUGGAUCAAAGAUAGUCAUGCCUGAGUAUGUGCCAGGACAGAAGAUUAAAAAAGAGAAAAAGAAGAGAUUUGUUGAGAGAGGAAGGGAAUUGAAGUUGGAUCAUCUGGAUGCACUUGAUGAAGAAGAGGAACAAUAAAUAUAGGAUCAGUUUGAACUCGCUGCCCUCCUGCUAGAUUUGUCCCUGAAGCUGUUCCAGUAGGGAUCAACAUACAGAAGCAUUUUAGGAUGACGCAAUGAUGGCAGUAAAGUGUCUCCUGAGCUUUCGAUAUUUGCAAUGAGUUACAUCAAAACCUGGCAUUAUUAAACCUACAGCAGUGGGAAUCGAACAUGCUGUCAUGCAGCGUCGACACUAAUUUAGCUAGGUAUUUUCAUAUUAUUUGUAGAAAUUGAUGUAUCAUUUGAUUAAUGUUUAGCUAUUAUAAUGUGUACAUAGAUUAUAUUCGACCUCAAAAUACAUAAAAGUAUGUAACAAUUCA